GACAGCACCAGGGGCAGCCGCAAGAGUUCUAGGAGCGCCGGCCUGAGUGCAACUGGAGGGGCCGCGCGGUCUCCACCAGCGGCCGCAGGACCGCGGAGCAGCUCUAGCUUGCUGGCCGGUCUGCGCUCUCGCACACCGGAUCUCCGCCUCGUGCCAAGGCGCAGCGCGUGGAGCGCCUGCUUCGCUUGGCCCCCUCAAGCGUCACCAUGCUGCCGCUGCAGCUGUGCUGGCUGCCGCUGCUCGUCGCCCUGCUACCGCCUGUGCCCGCGCAGAAGUUCUCAGCGCUCACGUUCUUGAGGGUCGACCAAGACAAAGACAGAGACUGUAGCCUGGACUGCUCAAGCUCCUCCCAGAAGCCUCUCUGUGCCUCCGACGGGAGGACCUUCCUGUCCCGAUGCGAGUUCCAGAGAGCCAAGUGCAAAGACCCACAGCUGGAGAUCGCCCACCGUGGGAAUUGCAAAGAUGUGUCCAGGUGUGUGGCUGAGAGGAAGUAUACCCAGGAGCAGGCCCGGAAGGAAUUCCAGCAAGUGUUUAUCCCGGAAUGCAACGAUGAUGGCACCUAUAGUCAGGUCCAGUGUCACAGCUACACGGGUUACUGUUGGUGCGUGACACCAAACGGAAGGCCCAUCAGCGGCACCGCUGUGGCCCACAAGACACCCAGGUGCCCUGGGUCAAUAAAUGAAAAGUUGCCCCCACGGGAAGGUGCAGGAAAAGCAGUCUCCUUGCAAAUCUUUUCCAUUCUGAAUUCAGAUGAUGCUGCAGCCCCAGCAUUGGAGACUCAGCCCCAAGGAGAUGAAGAAGAUAUCGCAUCACGCUACCCUACACUCUGGACUGAGCAAGUUAAAAGCCGGCAGAACAAGACCAAUAAAAAUUCAGCUUCCUCCUGUGACCAGGAGCACCAGUCAGCUCUCGAGGAGGCCAAGCAGCCCAAAAACGACAACGUAGUGAUCCCCGAGUGUGCACACGGUGGCCUCUACAAGCCAGUACAGUGCCACCCGUCCACUGGUUACUGCUGGUGUGUGCUGGUGGACACCGGGCGGCCCAUUCCGGGGACCUCCACCAGGUAUGAGCAGCCCAAGUGUGACCACACCGCUCGAGCUCACCCAGCGAAGGCCCGGGACCUGUUCAAGAACCGGCCCCUGCAGGGUUGUCCUGGUGCCAAAAAGCAUGAGUUUCUGACAAGUGUCCUGGAUGCACUCUCCACAGACAUGGUUCAUGCCGUCUCCGACCCCUCUUCCUCCUCUGGAAGGUUGUCAGAGCCAGACCCCAGCCACACUCUGGAGGAGAGGGUGGUGCAUUGGUACUUCAAGCUCCUUGAUAAGAACGCUAGCGGGGACAUCGGCAAGAAGGAAAUCAAACCCUUUAAGAGGUUCCUGAGAAAGAAAUCCAAGCCCAAAAAGUGUGUGAAGAAGUUUCUGGAAUACUGUGACGUGAACAACGACAAGUCCAUUACUGUGCAGGAGCUGAUGGGUUGCUUGGGUGUCAGCAGAGAGGAGGGCAAAGCCGGCACCAGGAAGCGCCACACCCCCAGAGGAAAUGCUGAAAGUUCAUCUAACAGACAGCCCAGAAGACAAGGAUGAAUGGCUGACUAUCCAAGGCAGUUCCUAGACAUGUGGGGAUUUCCCUCAACAAAGAGCUAUUAAAACGGAAAGAAAAAAAAUACAUAUAGUAUUUGCACUUUGUACUUUAAAUGUAAAUUCACUUUGUAGAGAUGAGAUAUUUAAGCAGACUGUUUUGAUCUGUGAAAACGGAAGGCUGGCUUCGGGAAAUUAAUCACAUACAAUGUAUGUGUCCUUGUUUGCCCUUGAAGAUCUAUGCUGGUGGGGAUGGGCUUUUGAAUGCUUUUCAACUUCACUUCCUUGUGCCUUUGAGGAGGGCCCGGUUUGUACCCUGGCCCUUUCCUUUGCCUGCUCCCAGCAGUUGGCUUGCUCCCAGCGCUCUUGGAUGCCAGCCAGGAGACCAUCACACCCUUAGAAGCUGGCAGGGCCAUGCCGUUUACAAGCAUGAUCACCUGUGUAUGGUUUGCCCGCUCCAUGAGGUUUUCCUGUCUAGAGAUGUCACUCAGCACCGUGGGUCACACAGGCAUAGCCUUUACCUCUCUCUAGCAGCCUCUGGUGGAGGCCGUGCUUCAGACUCUGUCAGACUCCAGUCUGAGCUUCUGCUUGAGUUUUGCCUCUGCUUGAGCCAAUCCUGCUGUUAAGUCUCCAGGGCUCUGAGUGGGCAGACGGCCAGAGGGUUCUCCUUCAGAGAGCAAACCUAACUGUGGCAGACAUGUCUCCAUCCCAGUGGCUCAGUACCCAGCCCACCUGCUUCUUUUCUAAGUGGCUGUUUGAUCCUGCUGUGGCCCUCCCCAGGGCUCCCUGGAAGGGAACAAUGUCUUCUACGGAGACCGUGGACCACAUCCUGAGGAAGAUGCGGCUAGACUACGUCAUUCCUUCCGAGAGUACUGAAGUACAGGCAGCUAAGAAUGUCGUGACCACUCUUUGGAGGACUCCAGGGCAUGAGGGGUUCAUCCAAGGCCCUUAUGGGAUGAGUUAGGAACUGGAUUCCCACAGUGUAGGAGACUGGCCUGACCUGUGAGUGUGGAUGGCUGCCAUCGUCAGACCUAGGCUCUAGGUCAGUCUGUACUCACCGCUCUCAAGAAACAAUUACAGAUAGGGGGAGAGCUGGGGCCAUCCUCUCAGAUCAAGUUCUAUAUGGAAAACUGUUCAUGGCCCCCAGCCUCUCAGUGUGGAUGUGCACACACACUCCGGAAGGCCUUUGCUCAUUCGAACUGUGUAGAGGUAAGAAUUGACCAGCUCAUGCGCAUGUCAACAUUGUCUACAAAAGAAAGAGAGAGAGAGAGAGAGAAUGAUCCCAACUGUUUUUGGAUAAUCUUUUAUAUUUCUAAACCCUGAAUUUAAUCAUUUUAUUAGAUUAAAUAUGUUAUUAAAGCUG